AUGAAGUUUGCAAAAGACCUUGAACGGGAGCUGGUUCCUGAAUGGCGGGCGAAGUAUCUAAACUACAAGAGCGGGAAGAAAAAAGUCAAGGCCAUCGCGAGAGCUCUUAGACAUGUCGAACAGGCAUCAUGGACCCCCGGAAGACGAAGAUUCAGUCAACUCAGCACGACACGUCGAGAUUCCCUUCAGUUCCCGCUGACACCGACUGAGAUAGCUGGGCUCGGCAAUGUAACACAGCGUCAUGUCGGUGAUUCCGCCAACUUGGAUGCGCCAGAACGGUCGCCUCUUCGAACUCCGGCAUCUCGAUUCGAUCAGGCAGAGGGAUAUGGCAGUAUUGUCCCGCCACGGGCAAGCCGGAAUGCCUCACCAUCCUUAGUUCCUGCGUCACUGAAGCUUCCAGAGCCCGCCAUCGACCCGGACGACACAUACUUUACUCCUCGCAACGAAUCUGCCACUUUACACAAAGAUGACCUUCCAGCAGCUAGUACAAACACACAGACGAACCCUAAGCGGGGGCAAAGUGCGCAAUCUCGACGAGGGCAGGCGCGAAAACAGAUUGGAGAUCGGAGGCCUACUGUUGGAACACCUGGGCCGAGACCUUCGUUUAUACACCGGAUCUUCUCGUCCUAUCCAGAAUACGAGCCUUCCAAAGCCCAAGUCCCCGCGCAUGAACAAGCUCUGGCCGAGCUGAGGACUAAGGAAACUGAAUUCUUUGCCUUUAUGGACAAGGAGCUCGCAAAAAUCGAAGCAUUUUACAAGUUAAAGGAAGACGAAUCGACAAAUCGACUGAACGUGCUUAGAGACCAGCUCCAUGUCAUGCGCGACACUCGCAUGGAAGAGCUUAGGAUGAAGAAGGACCGUCUCAAAUCUGAAGCUAAUGGAAACUCCCACGUUCCCAAAGCCCCAGUCGCCCAGACUGCCGCUAACUGGACCAGGCCACUAACUCGUAGCAGUAGAUCCCAUAUGGGGAAGACUACAAAGGCAAUGACACAACUGGCAACACCCAGAGGCCCGGUUCCGAGGGCAAUGGCCGACGAACAGAGAGAUUUCGUAACUCGCCCGGACUACCAAGGUGUACCUUACAACUCCGCAAAAAGGAAACUUAAACUCGCCCUCUUGGAGUUUUACCGUGGCCUAGAGCUGCUUAAAUCCUAUGCAGACUUGAACAGAAAGGCUUUCCGGAAGAUGAACAAAAAAUAUGACAAGAUGUCAUACUCUCGGCCGACGGGCAGGUAUAUGACUGAAAAGGUCAAUAAAGCAUGGUUCGUUCAAAGUGAUGUUGUCGAGAACCAUCUUGUUGCGGUUGAAGACCUGUAUGCUCGAUACUUUGAGCGAGGGAACCGCAAAGUGGCUACCCGUAAACUACGAGGGAAAGCGAUGAGAUCAGCGGAUUACUCCCAGAAUUCGUUCCGUAGCGGGUUGCUACUUGCUGCUGGUCUUGUUUUUGCUGCCCAGGGACUUUCCCAUGCUGUUGAACAUCUAGUAGAUGAUGAUCUCGGCAGGAAGAUCGAAACCAGCUAUCUUCUUCAGUGGAGAUUACUCCUUGCAGGGCUCUAUCCUGUGGAAUUCAGAGACUUCUUUCUGGGGGACAUGUAUUGCUCACAGACGUACGCCAUGGGGAAUAUCGCACUCUUCUUUUGUCUAUACGCAAAUAAAUGGGGCGACCCACCCAUGUGCAAUUCCUCUCACUCCCGCGCACUUGGGUUCGUUACUACGGUACCUUCAAUAUGGCGUGGCUUUCAGUGUCUUCGCCGAUAUUACGAUACCCGCAACGCCUUUCCCCACCUAGUCAACUUUGGCAAAUACUCCUUUUCAAUCCUUUACUACCUAACUCUCAGCUUAUACCGGAUUGACAAGUCGGAUACUCUAAGAGCUAUAUUCAUUACCUUUGCGUGUCUCAACGCCAUCUACUCGUCUGUCUGGGACUUGGCUAUGGACUGGAGUCUAUGCAACCCUUACUCUAAGAACCCGUAUUUACGUGAUUUCCUCGGCUUCCGACGUCGAUGGGUAUACUACGCCGCCAUGGCAAUCGAUCCCAUACUGCGAUUUAACUGGAUCUUAUAUGCGAUAUUUAUAAACGACAUCCAGCACUCGGCGGUGCUAAGUUUUGCCGUUUCGCUAUCCGAAGUAUUCCGCAGAGGAAUAUGGACUAUCUUCCGUGUCGAGAACGAGCAUUGCACCAACGUCGGCCGGUUUCGAGCUUCAAGAGACAUUCCACUGCCAUAUGAUAUGUCAGUCACACAGUCUGACGAAGAAGCUCUUCCUUCCAUCCCCCCAGCAUCCACCACAUAUACGCAAGGCCCAGCUAAACCCUCGCCUCCUCACCCCCUUGGCCGCCUGUCAACGGGUAAAACCACAGCUCUCACGGGCGAUAACUCGACACUUAUGCCUGAUCUUGAGAACGGGGAAGGCGCAGAUACCACUAGCUCGCUUCGGCGUAGACGCUUCUCGCGCGAAGAUAAUGGCCCUCCUAGCGGAACGCUGGCUCGAGUGGGCAGUAUGUUAGCCAACGCGCAUGCGCAGGACUUUGAACGAAAGAAACGACCUGGUAUGAUUGAUGAUGAUGGUAAAGAACAGCGAAAUAAUUCUACUAGUACUGACGAGGAUGAGGAGGAGGAGGAAGAGGAAGACGAGAACGAAUCUAAUGGGGAAGAAUACGGCGGUCAGAUAUCAGAAGAGUCUGAUCAAUCUGCGUCUCACGAUAAAGGGAAGAGUAUGCUUGGUGACCCGUGUAAUUCAGGUAAUUAUGGGGGCUCACGACGUCACGGGAGGUAG